AUGCCCCAGGGGGCUUUCCACAUCGUCGACAUCGAUCAGUUGCCAUGUACUCCCUACAGGGCUUUAUCCUACGCUUGGGGCAGUAGUGUCGUUCAAAAUGAUUCUCAAAUAAUUGAAAUUGACGGCCACACCCAUCAAGUUCGGGAGAACUUGUACAGUUUCCUAUGCAGUGUGGGACAAAGAGAGGAAUACGGGCUCUUUUUCAUCGACGCUCUUUGCAUCAAUCAGCUAGACAACGACGAGAAACCACAGCAAGUCAUGUUGAUGGAUAAGGUUUACAAACACGCCAAUCAAGUGGUUGGAUGGCUUGGAGCUCCAGAUUGCCAACAGUAUGCGAAUGUCAAGACAUUGCAUGAGAGCAUUCAUCAGGACCGCCGCACGUGGGACCAAGCAGCCUGGGAUGGUCUCACCUUUCUGAGCCAUGCCAACUAUUGGGGGCGUAUGUGGGUUGUCCAAGAAGUGGUCCUCGCAGCCAGCAUGGAGGUCUGGUGCGGCCCAUUUACUUUCCCCGUCGAGUUAUUUGAGAAUUCAUCUUCCACAAAGGCAGCCUCAAAGUUACGAUUCGCACCCGACGGGUCCCCCAAUUUAUCUGUAUCAGCCAGCGAGAGGUCGCAAACUCCCGCUCAAAUCAUCGUGACCCAUCGUCUAAGACACGUUCUCCGGCCGAUACGGCGGCCUGAGUGGAACCAGCUACAUAUGAUGACGCAAGAAGAGAUUCAGAAUGCUCUGCUUAAACCUAAAGAUGCAGUCCACACAUACAAAUCAAGGCUACCCGAUACACUUUGGCAACUUAUGUGGAAGUUCGGGCGGCAAAACUGUUCUGACCCUAUGGAUAGACUCUACGGGCUACUCGGGAUCCUCAGUGAAGACACUCGAGCCCAGAUCAAGCCGGAUUAUGGUAGAGGUGUCCUUUAUGCCUUCUAUCAAGCACUAAGUGUCGGUUUACAAAGGAUGUUCCCUAUUGAAGAACGAACCAUCAGCGAACAAUUCCUGGACGGGGAGCGCUCCUAUAUCUCUUACUACUGUGAUAUUCGGAACGCAUUCUCUCUCGACGACAGGGUGACUAUGCCAAUCCUGCGGCAGGUGUGCAAGGAGCUCCAACUCUACAGGAGAGGGCGAGACGCACUAUUUGAGGCGCAGCUUAGCAGCAUGUACGGCUGGGGUGACCUCGAUAUUCGGCAUCACAGGCAUCACAGAGAGUUUGAGAAGGCAAUUUUGGACAUUGCAGAGGAGGAGCAGGUCUCAGAGGACAGUCGCCUGUUCCGCUUUCAUUCAUGGCAGACGCGAAAGUUGACGAACUUAGCUAAUCGACUCACGUCUAGAAGAGUAAAAUCGCAAGGGUGGCAAGCCCUUAGUUAA